AUGGUGAGUGUGUCAGCAGGACGGAGAGGGCGGCAGCGGGGCCGCGGCUGCGGCGUUCCCGCGGCACUGCCGCGCUGUUCUCGCCUGCAGGCCUCCGUGCGGCGGGGCUCGGCGCUGGCGGCGGCGGCGGCGGAGGCGGAGGAGCGCGGCGCGCGGAGGCGGGCCGCCCGGCUGCAGGCCGCGCUGGAGCGGGAGCGGCGGCUGGAGGAGGCUGUGCUGCGGGCGGAAGAGAACAAAAAGCAGAGAGCGCUACAGCUGGAACAAGAAGAAAGGUUGGCGACUGAGCUGGCGAGGUUGAACUGGGAAAAGCUUAAAGAUGAAAAGAUGAGGCAGCAAGUACGACAGAACAGUCUUGAACUUCGAGAGUUAGAACAAAGGCUAAAAUGCGCUUAUAUCAAUAAAGAGCGAGCUGCACAGAUGGCUGAGAAAGAAGCUCUCCAGUAUGAGGACAUGAAACGUGAGGGUGAGAUGGCCCAGAAGAUGAAGGAGGAGUAUGAAAGGGCAAUGGAAGAAGAAAGUUCCGCAGAACUGCGGCGAAACAAGGAGAAAAUAAUGUAUAAGCAAGAACUGGAGAAACAGCUUGAGGAGCAAGAGAGGAAGAAGCAAGAGGCUUACAAAGAGUUUCUAAGGGAGAAACUCGUGAUUGAUGAAAUUGUAAGAAAGAUCUAUGAGGAAGACCAAAUGGAAAAACAACAGAAGUUAGAUAAAAUGAGAGCAACUCAGACAUACAUUGAGGAGUUUAAAAGAGAACAAGCUCUCUGGAGGAGGAGGAAACAGGAAGAGAUGGAAGAAGAAAAUAGGAAAAUUAUGGAAUUUGCCAACAUUCAGCGACAGAGAGAAGAAGAUCGGAUGGCUAAAGUUCGAGAUGCUGAGGAGAGAAAGCAAAGGCUUCAAAGCAUGAUUGCCCAGAGUCUGGAAAGAGAACAACAGAAGCGUGAAGAACUGGAACAAAUCUGCCAAGAGCUGUACCUAGAAGAACAAGCAGAGAUAGAAAGGCAGAAGGAGAUGGCAGAAAUUGAAAAGAGAAUAAGGCAGCGCCUGGACUUAAGGAAAACCUACGAAGAGCAGUUUGCUUUAAAGAAGGCAGUGCAACAAGCUCUACAAGAACAGGAAGAAGCCUUCAGAAAACAGAUGUUGGCCAAGCUUGCAGAAGAUGAUCGCAUUGAGCAGAUGAAUGCUCAGAAACGAAAAAUGAAACAGCUUGAACACAGAAGGGCUGUGGAAAAACUUAUUGAAGACCGUCACAAACAGUUAAUUGCAGAUCAAGAGCGGGAACUUGAAGAAAGACAAUUAGAGAAGAGAAGACAAGAGAACAUCCAUGCAAUUGUUGAAGAAGAGAGACAGAAACUCUUGAAAGAGCAUGCAUCUAAAUUAUUGGGUUAUCUUCCUCGAGGAAUACUCAGAGGUGAGGAUGAUGUUGAGAUGCUUGGAGAGGAAUUCAGAUUGGCUUAUCAGAAGAGAAGAGGUAAUACGUUUUCAGAAGAGAGAUGAACAAGUCCCCGUCCCAUCUCCUGGCUUGCCACUAGGUGUCACCUGAUUGCUAAUAAAAAUUCCCAUUUGCUGUUAACAGUGGGGAACUCCUUUGGCUAUGACAACAAGUCUCCAUUUUAAGACUGGAGUUCUAAACCAAUGAGCAAUUAGUUAGAUUUAAAUGUAUGCUGUACUUGCAUUUUCCAUCAAUAAACUGUUUAGGGUGUUCUCAA